AUGUCUACUAACGCAAAAGCUGAGACUACAGAUAGACCACAUCGCAAAUUAGCACUUGUAAUUGGUAUUGGCGAAUAUGAGGAUUGUAAAUUAGAAAACUCAGAAAAUGACGCACAUGAUCUGUCAUAUGCACUUGAGAGUAUCGGCUUUAUUGUUACGAAGACACUAAAUCCCAAACGUAAUGAGCUGAAACAUAUCCUUAUUGAUUUUGAAGAAUCAGUACAAGCUGGAGACAUGAUAUUAUUUUAUUUUAGUGGUAACGGUGUACAAUGGGAAGUAAGUGCCACAGUCUUUUGA